AUGUCUUCAACCGCCGCUCCAAAGAAAGCCACUUCUUCUAAGAGUGCUUGCCCAGCAUGCACAAGACUUACUGGUACCGAUCUUUUAAGCUGGAAAGAUCCAAUUGCCUCUGCCAAGGUUAGCGGUAGUAUCCUCGGUGGUCUAUUGGUGUAUCGCUACACCGACUUCGUCAGCUGGUUCUUCUAUCUUUCUGCAAUUGUUCUAGCAGCAUCUGCUCUUGCUGAAUAUGUUGGCAAGGUUGCCACAGGUGAGGGUUUCAUUUCUAGAUUCAAGCCUGCACAAACCACUCACAUUGGCGAUUUCUUGGAGGCUCAUGCUCAGAUCUUCGCCAAAGCAUUCAAGGAUGCCGAGAUCAAAUUGCAGAACCUCUUCACCUCAGUCAAUAUUGAAACUACGUUGAAGGCUGCAAUUGUUUCCUACGUUCUAUAUCAAUUGACAUCUUUCUUGAGUGUUUGGACAAUUGCUUUCACCACCACUGUUUUGGCAUUUACUUUGCCUGCCGCUUACGCUUCGAACAAGGAGCUUGUUGACUCUUCAGUGAAGCAGUACUCUGAAUUGGCCAAAUCGAAGUCUUUGAGUGCAUACAAGUCCAUUAAGACCCAGGCUGAGCCACAUUUGAAGAAGGUUGAGGAGAAGAUCGCUCCACUUACAGAAUUUAUUAAGUCAAAGAUCCCUGUUAGAACUGCUGGUUCUACGGUUGAAUCUACACCUUCUGUCGAGAAGCCACCAAAGGCUACUGAAAUUAAGGAGACUGUUUCAUCUGCUGCUGCCGAUAUCAAGGAUACCGUUUCAAAGACCGCUAACAAAGCCGAAGCUGAAAGCGAACCUUUGUUGAAUUAA